AUUUAUGUGAGGUGUGGAAGUCCGGAACCCUAGUUUCAUCGUGUCCUCCCUUCCCUCGAUCUAAAAUGGCAGAAGCAUCUUUGAGUAUUAGCCUCGACGAUCUCAUCAAGAAGAACAGGGGUUCCGGAGGAAGUAGAAGAGGUCGUGGAGCUGGACCAGAUCGACGGAUCCGCUCCUCUAACCCGCACGCACCUUAUGAAACUGCCAAGGCACCGAACGCAGCUUGGAAUCAUGACAUGUUUUCCGCUGACCAGCCUACGGCGUUUCCCGGUCCUCCCGGACAGAUCGUAGGAGGUGGUCGAGCUUCCUCCAUAGAGACUGGCACGAAGCUCUUUAUCUCUAAUCUGGAAUAUGGUGUCUCUAACGAAGAUCUCAAGGAACUAUUUUCUGAUGUUGGAGAUAUGAAGCGUUAUGGAAUCCAUUAUGACAGAAGUGGGAGAUCAAAGGGAACAGCAGAUAUUGUUUUCUCCCGCCGACAAGAUGCUUUAGCAGCUAUCAAAAGAUAUCACAACGUUCAGCUUGAUGGAAAACCAAUGAAGAUUGGGAUUGUUGGCACAAACGUUGUGACUCCUGC